CGGAUAUAAGAAGUGAAACCUAUUCAGUUGUCAUAAUUGUUUCCUUACUCUCAAAAGGGACAAAGUAUAUUGAAAGUCGCCAGUUUGUUAUCCGGUAGAUGUAAAUUAUGGAUGACAAGAGAGCAAGUACCGCAUCAGUUCAGAAGAAGAAUUCGCGACCCGUACAGAACCUCCCAGACUACAUCCGCUACGUUGCUGCUCGCUCAAAGGCCGGCUUCGAUAAAGUUCACGAAGAAUUCUUUCGGAUAUUUGAUGAAACAAGCACCAAAUCCACCAGAAAUUCGACCAGAAAUUCCGUCUCGCAACCCCAGAAACCAAACAAAACAGAGAGUAGAAUAGGACUUCGGUCAAAAUGGUCGACCCUAUUGUGGUCUUCGACUUCGGAAUCAUCUCUCUCACAAGACCAUUCAUUUAUGAGUUACAUUCCGGAAGGACAAGAGGAGGAGGAUGUGGAAUCCAGCGAUGAGAUCGAGCGGUCAUCGUCGGCUCCUAUUGUUGACAACUCGAGUACAAUGUUCUCCUUUGAUGGUGAAAAGUUUGCGACAUCCAAAGAUAUGUGGCACAGCACUGGGGAAUCGAUUAAUAAUGCUAAACCGAAAUCAAAGCCACCAAUUAAAGCGAGAACUAGCAUUCAAGUAAGUCCAGUGUCACAACGCAAGACAAGUAACGAAAGAUUGCAUACUAGCUGUGCCGUUGAAAACAACAAAGCGCAUAACAAAACAGUGUCUAACGAUUUAAUUUCCAAUCAAGAAGGUUACGUAGACAUGGGAAACAAAUCAGGAGCUGAUAUUCUACAAUCCGAAAGUAAUACUGUCAACAACAACAACGAUGAUUACUUGAAAUAUCUGCCUGGAGGUUCCGAAUAUACCAACAUGUGUCAACAUGUUGUAAACGGUGACGCAAACCACACAGUUGCUGCAGCAGCACCACCAAAGCCUUGUGCUCGUGCGGAUACAAGUCAUUACACACCUUUAAUUAAAAAGUCGACGGAUACAAGCACAUUCCAAGAUGAGGAAGACACAUACCAAGUCCCCCGAAGUGUUUUGACUGAUACACAUAUUUCUAGGUUGGUAGAUGAUAGCGAAGAGGAAGAUGAAAUUUAUAAAGUACCACGAAGCGUCUUGAAUGACUGUGAUGAGAAUUAUGAUACCCCACCUCCCGGUAUCCGACACAUGUUGGAAGAAGACGACAUUUACCGAGUACUAAAUGGACCGGUAAGGGAAGUCCCCAUAACUAUAGAAAAGAUAGAUAGUGACAAUGAGGAAGAUAGCGAGCUGACGGACUACGCGAAUGCAUCAGCCUUUGAAAGACCGGGGGAUUGUACAAAUGGUGAUCAAGAGUUCUUCACAUACAGCCUUCAGGAAGUGGUUAAGUGUUUAUACAAAUGUGGGUUGCCGAAAUUCGCCAGACUCUGUCACGAAAUGAACUUCGAUGGCAAGCAUUUUAAAGGAAUAACUGCAAGAAAUUUGAAAGAAGCGCCUUAUGAAUUGACCUGGUUGCACAUCUCACGAUUUUUGAAGAUCAUAAAAGGCUGGAGACCAUCAACUGUGGAGAAAGACGAAACAUACGAAGUUCCCCCAUCACCUGUGAAGAAGCAAUCGGGUUGUGGGGGUGACAGAAAUAUGAAUAAUCGUACUGAUAUAAGCCCGAAUGCCAAUGCACGUGUAAAGCUCGGCCAAGUAGACAGAGAGACAAAGUCAGCGUUUAUAGGCAAUCAUAGCUUGAAACCAAAAUUGGCUAGAGCUAGUGAAGUAAACUUUGAAAGGACAGAAUCCGCCGAAGAUGAGAAAAACAGUAACAAAGUCGGAAAUGAUUUUUUUCAGCUCAGCGUUCAAGAGGUGGUCACUUUUCUGAACAAUGCUGCAUUGACACGUUUAGCACACAUUUGCGAGGUACACCAGUUCGACGGGGCUUACUUCAGAGAGAUCACCGCCGAUAGACUCAAAAAGGAGCCAUUUCAGAUGAACUGGUUUCACAUUUCAAAGUUCUUUAAACUUAUCAAGAAGGGUUGAAUGUGGUUCAGAUACUGUAUUUUUGUCUCAAGCAAGCUUCAAAUGAACUGGUUUGCAAAACAAUUUAUGUUUUUUAUUUAUUAUGUAUACCUAUUUAUGCGAUUUGUUUAUAUUCGUUUAAAAUUUCAGUACUUGUCUGUUGAUCUGAAUAAACAAUUAUGUAUA